CCUUUGGAACUCACAUUGAAUAAUUUGCCCUAGGUGUUGGACAUGAAGCUAUAGAAUUUAACAUUUGUCCUACUAGACUUUUGCUUUGGUCGAAUUUCUUUCUAGGUCCUCAUCUCUCCAUUUUGCAAUAAGAAUGCUUACUCUAUGCCAGUGUGUGUUGGAAAUAUUUAACAUUCUUUUUGACUUUUACAGGAUCUCACAGCUAAGGGUUUCCUUUGAGUCACAGAGAUUUUGGAGUUGGACUUUUCAGUGAUCCUAGAACUGUUAAGACUUUGGUGACUCUUGGAGAGGGUAUAAAUGCAUUUUUGCACAAUAGGAUUGACAUGAGCCCUUUGGGGGCUAAGGACAGAAUAUUACGGCUUAGAUCUAAAAUGUCACCCCAAAGUUUCAUGUAUUCAUAGGUGGAGCUUGAUUGGAAGACUCAGAUCACUGGGGCCAUGAUCUGAAAGGGUGAAUUCUCCCUUUUCUUUCUGUUUUCUGGAUGCCAUGCUGUGAGCAGCUGUGCUCCGCCAUGCCCUUCCAUCAUUCCAUUUUUGCGUUGGAGCUGAUCGCACCAUAUAUGACCUGAGACCUCUGAAACUGCGAUCCAAAAUUAAUUUUUCCACCUUUAAGAUGCAGGUGUCAGCUAUUUUGUCCCAGUGACAGGAAAGUGACUAACAAUAGUAGUCAAGGUUAAGCUCCUGACCUACUGUAUUCAUCUAGGUCCCAAAUUCUAAUAACUCUUUCAGCUAUGAACUCAUCAAUACACUAAUGAGUUGGGGGGAUAUUUUAGCCCUAAACUAUAGCACUCUCCAUUGAAAACAUUAGAAACUGAUCCUCAUCUCUUCUUUAAAACUUUCUCAGUUCUUUUCAAAUAUAAGGUUUUUUUUUUUUUUUUUUUUUGAGACAAGGGCUUAUUAUGUAUUUCAGGCUGACCUUGAAUUCACUAUGUAGCCCUAGCUGGCCUUGAACUCUCUGUAAUCCUCCUGCCUCAGAGUUUCAAGUGCUGAGAUGACAGAUGGGUGUCGCCACACCAGGCUCUUGCCAGGCUUUUAACUCAGGAAUGUUUCCUAAAAGAUCUGGGAUUCAUCUCUUUGAAAUUAAAUUAUCAAGAAAGGUAAAUCUCUGUCUCCCAGGUUCCAGGUGGAGAUUGGCACUAACUUGUAUCUGACUCCGAUAUACAAAACAUAUCCAAACAAAUGUAUUGUAGCCUUCAUUUAGCCAUGUAACAGAUUUUUUUCUGUCUUGUAAUCUCUGUAGCUGAUAGCUUCUAAUGUAUGUCACGUUCUUGUUUAAAUUGUGUUUAUUAUAUUGUUUUCUUUACGAUGUUAUGGAAAGAUUUUCUCCAUUGGAGUAGAUUUUCUUUUUAAUUGCAUUUUUGCAAAUGUAGUACAAACAGUGACUAGAAGGAUAGGUAUAUCAGGGGAUCCUUUAAAACUGGAGGAAUUAGAAAAAAUGUUCAGUCAUUGUUUUGCCUGACUCCAUUUUGUCUUUUUAAUUUGGUCCUUUGAAGUUAUUUUUCCUUCUCAGCUUCAUGUGGUGUUGGAAGCAGAAACUGCUGCCCAAGCUCUGGUACCAUCAUGAAUCCAUAGAACCAAACCUGCCACCAGACCCUACAAUCUAAUCAAGACUGCUAUAAAUAUGCAUGCUUCUUUGUUAUUCCCUUUAUCAUUUCCCUAUAAAAUCCUUGGGCUGUUGUCCAGCUAUAAUUUCGUCAUUGCCCUUAUUACCUUUCAACAUGUCAAUAUUUUAGUUUCCUAUAUUUGAAUCCCUUAUCAUUUUGCUGUGAGAAAAGAGAUCAUUGCCUAUUCUUGCCACUUAUUCCAAGUGCCCAGACCAGUAAAUGGCUUAUAGUUAGUAGUCAACAAGUAUUUACUAAGCAAAGGAGUAACUGAAGAGAAAAUGGCAUAAUUAGGUAAGCAAUGAAUAAGUGGUUGCAAAGAUCAUCAAAGAAAUGUAUGGUAAGUUACUAUGUACUGAGCUCUAUAAAGGCAGUUCUAGUGAAAAGGAUAGGUAUUGAGGAUCUGUAAACUUUUGCACACUCAUAGGAAGCCCAAUAAGAUCCCUGCUACAGAGUAUUGGCUGACCACUCACUGUGAGGCCAGCCCUCAUGCUAAAUAUCAUUCUGUGUGUUUUUCUUGCACAGAUUUCUGCCACACUUCCCAAACCAGACUUGUAGUCCUUACACACAACAUACACAGACACACACAUUCUCAGGGCUCAGCCCCAAAGGAAGUUUGUCUGAGACCUUCCUAUUGAUUCCCUCCAUUUUGAUGGGAGGGCCUGUGAUUUCCCCACCCCUGCCUCCUACUGGGCAUAAGGCUCACGUGACCACUUGCUGCAUCCUCAUUGGCUGGACCAAGAACGCGAUAACCCUGAAAUGCGCGCCCUUCCGGCGAGGGAAGUCAACCGUUACCUUCGAACUCCCGAACUCCCGUGGUGAUUCGGUGUCGUUGGGUCUCCGUAGGACUAGUCACUAGGGUUUUGUUCACACCUCACAGAGGCUGAGACAGUUCGGUCCGUUUGACCUGAGGGUGUUGAGACCCAGGAGGCCUUGUGGUCUUCUGUUGAGGGCCGCGUGCCAGCUGUGGUGACGGCGACAUGUGGAGGCGUCUGAGCCGGGCUUUGGCCUUCUUCCGAAAGCGGGCGGACCCCGACGAAGGGCACGAGAGACUGCUGCCAGAAAGCGAGUCUCACCAUGUUCAGGUGGAACCUAUCUAUGAUCAUUUUAAUUACACUGGACCAUCAGAACCUGAAAUAAAAGUUAUAAUUGGUUGUGUCACCUCUAUAGUGGAUGGUGCUGUCUACAUUAAUAGGGAAAAUUCCUUCUACCUAGAUACUGUUUGUGAAGGUUUUGUGCCCUAUACGGGUGACUGGUUGGAGGUCAUGUAUUACGCGGAGCCAGGUGCGGCACACAUCAAGGCGCUCUCCGUGAAGCCCCUCAACUCUAGGCGUGUGGAUCAGGUCAAAAUUAGUAGUGUCCACGGAAGACAUGGAGUGAUAGACAGCAGUAUCUUUUUCACCCUGGAUUCACUGCAGUUCCCUGCUGGUUAUGUACCUCAGCGAUGUGACAUUGUCAACGUGGUCAUAGUGGAGAGCACUCAGUCCUGCUAUCUGUGGAGGGCAAUUUCCAUGACCCCUGUUUACGGAUAUUAAUAUCCAAACCUUUCAUUCCCUGCUCAUUCUUCCUUCUAUGGGCAGUAAAGUUACUGAUUCAGUGGAGAAGCUUUGCUUAAUAAACUUAAUAUCUUAAAUAUAAAA